AUGGCUAAUCAAAAAUGGAGUUUAUGUUUCAUAUCUCUUGCUUUUCUCUUCAUCACUUGCUCUUCAGCUGAGUUCCUCAUUCAACAGGUCACAGAGGGCAGAGGAACAGAGUACAACAGAUCUUCCAGUCUCAAGGCGAAUCUUGGAGUGACAAGAGUUUUGAGAGAAGAGCGACCAUCGAGUAAGAUAGUGACAAUAACAAGCUUCUCUGUGAUUAAGGACAGACACGAACCCUACGAAUCCUCUGUUUUUGAGGCUGCUGGGUACAAAUGGAGAUUGGUCUUGUACGUGAACGGUAAUCCUAAGGACGGUGGAAGUGGUCAUAUAUCACUCUACGUGAGAAUCGAAGACACACAAUCUCUUCCCAAGGGUUGGGAAGUUAAUGUUGAUCUCAAACUCUUUGUCCACAAUCAGAAGCAACACAAGUACUUGACUGUAACAGAUGGAACGGUGAAGCGAUUCAGUGAUGCAAAAAAAGAGUGGGGAUAUGGACAGUUGAUUCCUCUUUCAACAUUCUACAACACGAAUGAAGGGUACAUUGUGCAGGACACUGGUUCUUUCGGUGCUGAGAUCUUAAUCGUUAAACCGGCCGAGAAACAAGAGAAAGUCACAUUCAUAUCAAACCCUCCAGACAAUGUUUUCACUUGGAAGAUGCUUCGUUUCUCCACUUUGGAAGAUAAAUUCUACUACUCCGACGAUUUUCUUGUUGGAGACCGAUAUUGGAGAUUAGGAUUUAACCCGAAAGGAGAUGGAGGAGGAAGACCACAUGCACUUCCAAUCUUCCUAUAUGCUCAAGGCUUUAAGCCAAACGCAGUCGCUACAAACACUUGGGGAGCAGUUAAUCUGCGGUUAAAGAACCAACGAAGCGCCAACCACAAACAAAUAUAUUCUGCAGCUUGGUACCCGAUUAGAAGCGGUUAUGGUGUGGGAGUGAACAAUAUCAUAUUGCUUAAAGACUUAAACGAUGCGUCAAAAGGGUAUUUGGUGAAUGAUGCUAUUAUCUUUGAAGCUGAGAUGGUUAAGGUCUCUGUGACCAACAUCGUUUCCGCCUAA